ACAUCAUUUUCUUCCUCUACUUCAGAAGUCAUGAUGGUGCGUAAAGGGUUUGUGACUGAGAGCUGGUUCAUUGGACUCAUCAGCGCCCUUGUGCUGUUACUGCUGGUACUGCUUAUUCUGUGUUUCAUAAAACGAAGCAAAGGUGGAAAAUACUCAGUCAAAGAAAAAGAAGAAGGCCAGAUAGAUUCUGAAGCUCGGCCAAUGAAUAAUGAGGGUUUUGGAGAAUACAGUGAUAACGAGGAGAAGAGGACGGCCAGUCAGCCGUCUCUGUGUGAGGAUAGUAAGCUAUGUACCGACGACGCUUUAGAUGACUAUGCCAACAGCAUGCAGACCGAGGUCAUCAUGGACGAGUCGCUGGCCAGUCAGUGCAGCGGAAUCCGAGAUGUUCCUGAUCCCGGGACUCAGGAAAGUUCCCCUCUAAAUCCUGCCACAUCCAUCUCUCACCACGGCUUGCCCAACUCCGCCGCCCUCCUUGACUAGCCGGGUGACACCAAAACCAAACGUGGAUGCACAUUGGCCCAUGACUGACCAAAUAAUCCAAAACCCACAAUUAUGAGACCUACACACACAACAGAUGCCAAGAAAACCAUCCAGAUGCACUGCUGGACAUAAUUGGACCAACACAACACUUACACAUUCGAGUGACAUAUAACAAAUAGACUGCCAUGCCCGUUGUUUACAAAUAUUACUGCUCAUUUUAUGAUAUGAAAUAGGCUACAGCCGUUUACAGUUGUAUAAAUGUGACAAGAAGAGACUAAUCCAGUGACAAAUAAAGUAGACGCUUCGCUCCCAUGGCGAACGCCAAUUCAAAUCUUAGACAGAUUCACCUGUUAGUCAAAAAAAAAGCGUUGCGGAAGGAGAGUGUGAGGGAGAAGAGAGAAGCUGAGGGCCUUAAAAUCAUGACUAAGUGCGUUGUGCAAGCAUAUAUACAGCAUGAGCUGGUUAUACUGGUUGCAAAACUUUAUCAGCUUAUUGUUUUGUGCGUCUCUAACAUUUGUUGAUUUUUUUUUAUUCUUUGAAGGCUUGCCUGAACCAUUUUUUAUCCAUUUUAUUAUUAAUUUAUUUUAUUUUUUUACACAAGAAUCCAUUUGUUGUGUUUUAAAGGUGUUGUAAGCGAUGUUAGCCAUUGUGGAAUAUCUCCAUUUUAGCCACUGACGUAGACACGCACCCUUAAAAGAUUAGCACGGUUAUGAAAUACGUUUCAUUUUGAUCAACUCAAACUGAUCAAUGCCAUUACUCCUUCCAGUAAAUUUCUUAGAAUCUCCUACAGUGUCACAUUCAGAUCUGCCACUAUCUAAUCAUGGAGAUUCUAUUCCAUAAAAUUAGCUUACAGUACCUUUAAGUCAUCUGUGUGUUGAUAUUGUAAUAUUGUAGAGUAUACAUAUCAAUAGAAGAUACAUAUCGACAAUGACAUCCCCUCAGUUAUGAUUACAGAUUUCUGUAGUGUAAAUACAUGAGAUGCAAUUGCUCUACGACGCUAGAUCGUAUAUAGGAAGCUGUACAUACAAGCAUCUAUCAAUUUAGCCAAAUACAGUAUUAUAAUCUCUUUCAUCUCCAUCGGUUCCUGUGCCUGCCUUCGACAAAAUACUCACCACCAUCUCUCAUGUUUAUUUCUUCUUCUGUAUGUGUCUGUGUUCUUAAUUCUAGUUUUCUGCAUUGUAUAAAAUUGUACUGAUUCUCUCUUGGAGUCCUGUUGGUGUAAAGCCAUAAGAAUACACACGUAAGGUGUGUGGAUUUGAGGUCGUAUUGAGUUAGAUAGGGCUGUGAGAGAGUACGUCAAACACACAGUUUAGGUUUGGUUACUUCAAUGCAAUCAUGUAUUGGCUUGUCUUAUUACGCAGAAUGUAUGCUUUGUUUGGGUGGGAAUUGUUCCAUACCAGUAUACCAAAUAGCAUUUGUUCCCUUUUUUGCUUUUUGGUUCAUUUGAUUUGACGUUUGAUAAACAAAUAUAGCAGAAUAUAGCACUGAGAGAAUCUAUGGCACAUCUGGUAUUUCUCUAGAGAGGGGCACAGGGAAAAAAAAUUAUAAAAUCUCUUAAUUUCCAGAUGAAUGUAAAUAUAGCCCAAAAGAUUUGUUUGUUAUGAUGUUGAAAACUGUCCUGUUGAUUAUGUUUUAGGUUUUUACAUUUGAGUUUUGUAACUUUUUUAACUUUAGAGUAACUUGUUAGUUGUGAUUUGAGUGUGGUAGACAAGUAGUGCAUAGUAUUAAAUAACUACGAAAAAAGUCCUUUGAUAAAUAAAUGUCGCAGGUUAUGAAAAAAACGAAGAGACCGAAAAAAGCUAACUGAAACAUGAUUGCGCUUAUAGUUUCCCGAGUGCUAAAGAAUGGCAGUAUUGUGCAUAUCUGAUUAGAAUCUAUUGCUGCAGAGGCAGUGUGAAAGAAAGGAUGCAAUCAUUUUAUUUGCGCCACUGCACACACAUGCACACACACACUUCCAGGGAGCAAUAGAAACAAGCUGACUCAGAUCUUUUGAGACCACUGUCUUGCGGCAGGCUUUUUGCAGUGAUUCCCAGCCUUCUGGGAUUGUCUGAUCAGUGUAAGCCUCCCUCACAAAAGCUGUACAAACACACUCAGGACAAAAGUCUCUUAGAGGUCUAUUUUCUUACAGGAGGGGGAAGUGAUGCAAAUUCUAACUCAAUAUUCAACUGAACUGCUGCUAGUGUAUUUUGUCAGUGUCUUGACUGUGUUUUGAGCUCUGAGGUGAAUCGACUCUCGGAUAUCCACUAUACUGCCCUCUGCUACUGCAACUAAAACUGGGAGGGAGGGCAAUGUUUAAAGCGUGACUAGCGGACAAACGUUGCCGUUUCUGUUGUUACUUGUCAAAUGUACGCAUUCAAGCUCAUAAUGCAUCUUAAACUGUAGGCUUAAUGCAUAAAUAAGCUUGACAUAAUAGUCUCUUAUUCCUCUUGUAUGUUCUGUUUGUUACUGCAUAUGAUGUGAAAAUAAAUGAAGGACGAGAUGAA